AUGUCGCUGAGAUUACUUCAUCUUCUUCCUCAAAACACUUCCUUUAACCGGAAUCUCGAGUCUCGCUGUGUGUUGACCCGACCCGUAACCAAGAUUCAGUGCAUAAGGAGAGAGGAUGAGGAAGACGAUGGGAUCAUCAGCAACAGGAGGACGAGGAAGGCCAAGAAGAAGAAAAUAAUGAGCGAUACGGAGCUGGCGAAGGAUUUGGCUAGAGAGAUCGGGAAGGCGAACACUGUGUCGGAACAGAGACGAGAAGCGAUGAAGAAGAGCGGUGAGAUACUGUGGGGAGAGUUCUGUAAGCAUAUGGGUUUGAAAGAAGAAGAGAUGAGGGUUAAGUGGAGGAAGAUUGGUGAAGAGGAGAAAGUGGUUUUGGUUAGAGAGUUUGUGGAUGAGUGGGGUGUUGAUUUUCAGCCUUUGUCUGUUAGAUCUGUUAAGGAAAUGGUGGAGGAAGAGUGUUUGGUUUCUGACAAAACAAACGAGUCUUCUAAUACUUCUUCUUCCAUGUCUUCGUUUUCUGGGUUGUUUCCUGGUUUGAAGAGAAUCAUAGGAUUUGAGUAA